AUGCCUACUCCAAGCUACCAAGAAGCAUCUGCGUUGGCCGGCGAGUUCGAGAUUCUACGCGAGGAAGUCCUUGCCAAGUUUGAGCAAGUCUAUGCUCACUUGAACGCCUUGGAGGCCCGGAUGGAAAGCUUGGCGGAGGAGAAGGCCGAGAUCGUCAGUGGCAUCAUCACCUGUGAGAUUGGGAUUGGGGACGAUAUACCUGUGGGAGGCGCGGGGAAUGAGCCUCCUGCGGAGAAGCCGCCCAACAAUCAGAGCCCGCCGGCUGCCAAAGGAGCAGGUGGCUCGGACCCCACGAGCCUCACAUGCUCGCUCGAGGGCGUGGCGAGUGUGGUCGAAGAUCCCGAAGAUCAGAUGGGCAUGGUGCCCUUUGCCGAAAGUGCUUGGACCUACCCGGUGGUCAUUGGACUAGUGAGAGCUGGUGUGGUGGAGGCCAUUUUUGCAGUGGUGCUGUUGCUGGUGAAUCUCUUCAUGCAGAUGGCAUUCAUGGUCAUCAUCCUCUCCCCCGAUUUUCUUCCGGGGGAUAUUGCGGACCAGAUUGACUUCGCGAAGCAGUGGCGCAGAAGCGUGGCCCAUGACCAUCAAAACCUGGACUUAGCAGCGACCUCUUUGGCAAGCCGAGUUUGCAAUGGCGAUGGUGCCUUGAUCGUCUCAACACGACAGGCGACACUCCUGGAGAACAUCGACAAUUAUAUCGGAUUAGCCACGGACGCUUUUGAGCCAGAGUUUUUCCAACCUGGCGUCUUGCUGUCGGUGCUAUGCAUCCUCCUGUGGAGCUUGUGUGUCUACAAGGAGCUUCGAAGCAUCGUGCACGCCUUUGAAGCCGUACGGAGAGUCCCGCGCUCCGCCACGACGGUGUUGCACGAGAACGUCUUGCUGAGCCUGUCUCGUGGCCGGUACAAGGUGCUCAAGGCAACGUACGUCUUGCGAACUUUCAUCGCAGUUGCGCUCUUGAUGUCUGGAAUUCGGUGGCUGGCACAAACAACAUCUAUCACUGAACUGAUGCUGAAUGCCGUCGCCUUGAAUGCCAUUCUGGAUGUGGACGAGUUUCUAGGUUUCUCUUCGCAGGGUUCACCCCGAUGA